AUGUCAUCCGCAUAUGCCACAGACCUAUCGCAGUACCCAAUUUCUAUUUCAGGGGAUCAAAUCGUUCAAAACAUCAUACAAGUGGCCCAGUCAGACGGGAUAGACGCCGUUUCUCUCGAUCAUGACUUUUACGGAAUCAGUCAGUCUGGAAGAGUCUUUUCCUUGGCCUCCUUCCGGGUGGUUGAGAGCGGCCCGAACACAAACACGGGAACGUUGGAGUUGCAUAUUUUCAACUCGGACGGCGUCUCGGUGCCAAUCCUAACGAUCGGAGAGGACGGGACAACCAUCGAGGGAUCUCUCAAUGUCAAGGGUGGCCACACAUCGCUCGAAACCACCUCGGUCGUCGUGGAAGACAAAGACAUGGUUUUGGCCAGUGGCGCCACGUCUGUCGAUCACUUGGACAAGGGGGGUAUCAUCCUGGGGACGGAUGAGUCGGGAGCAAAGGAAAUGCUCUACGAUCUCGGCGGCGACAUGUGGAAAUCCAACAUCGGCAUCAACGUCGACACCGAUGCCGCCUUCACCGUCGGCGACGCGCAAACGAUAUUGGACGGCGCAGGACUUACGAUCGGAGACGUUUCUCUCACGGACGGUAGCCUUCAACUUGCCCCAGAUAUCUCUCUGGGAACGGAGGGGCUGGAAAUCGGCGACAUUUCGGUCACACCGCUCGGCGGUCUUGUUAUCGGAAGCUCCGAUGGGUCGGAUGUCGAUACAACCGUCGUUCUCAACAAAACGGGACUGACGAUAGGAGAGGAAAUAAAUCUUGGUGUAGAUUCGGGAUUGUCUAUUGGUUCCGACGUUCUACUCGAUGAACAGGGUCUGUACCUAAAAAACACAGAGGCAGCACUCUACCUGGGUCAAACAGGGUGGAAGAUCGCGUACGACUCGUCAUCACACCACUUACUUUUCGAAUUCUACGACGCCAACUCCAGCUCGUAUGUAACAAAGGCAGAGUUCAAAGCUUAG